UUGCAUUUAGUUGAACGGAGUUUCAAAUGUUUAUCAUUUUGCCGUGUAAAUGUCAUCCUUCUUUCCUUAGUUGUCCGUAGCGCAAAGCUUUGUCGUAAGCUUGACUUGAAUGUCAGUUCAAUUGAUUCUACUGAAAAUGGAGGACUUGUGGUCAGUCAGAUGGCGAAAGGACCUGAUGAACAAGAGGCGAGGUCUCUAAUUGAUUCAAUAGGAGGUUGGACCGUAGAAAAUGUGGUCCACAUGAAUCUUAGAUCCGUCGGAUUCAACAGUGGCCAAUUUUUCACUAAAGGCGUUUGGCAGGAACUCACUCAGGUUGUGGAGGACCACUUCCAACCGCUGGCUAAUAAGUCCAGCCGAUAUCAAGUUAGUCGACCAAUCACCGCCGUCUUUAUUAAUUGGCGUCGGCUGACUGUUAAUCAGCUUAUUGAGAUGCAAAAGGCCUGGAAAUGCCCAGUCUACGAUCGGUAUAUGCUGGUGGUGCACCUGUUCCUCCUUCGAGCCCGUUCUCGUGAGGCCAAAGCUCAAGCACAACUGGCCGAGCUCGGCGUCAUUCGCAGUCGCCUACUGGCGGCGACCGCCGCCUCAACCUUGAGCCAACCAAAGUCACGCAGCAUCGACCAUCUUCACCGUGUCCUCGACGACCAGGAACGCAAAUUGAGUGCCAUAUUGGUGGAGGAAGAAAAACGAAAAGAACUCGGCAGAAAAAGACGCCGUGAAAAAACAACAAAUCGACUCCCUACGGUUGCAGUCAUUGGGUAUACAAACGCCGGAAAGACUAGUCUAAUCCGGCACCUUACGAGAUCCGCGGGGAUGGUCGUCUCACCAAGAGUCUUUGCCACCCUCGAUGUGACUCAUCAUGCAGCCAGACUCCCACCACCCAAAACCUCCGAUAGCUCCGGGGUCCCUGGUCUCCGUCUGCUCAUGGUCGACACUAUCGGUUUCAUGGCUGAUCUCCCACAAAAUCUGAUUGCCGCCUUUAAGGCAACUCUUUCUGAAUGUCUUGAUGCGGAAAUAAUUCUUCACGUGAUUGAUUCGAGUCAGCCUGGCUGGCCUGCUUUUGCAGCUUAUAUUGAGCGCGUGCUUCAGGAAUCUGGUGUUCAGGCUCGACGUCUGGCAGAUUUGUCCAUCGACACAAAAGGAGCAACUGAUCUGGGCGAGCGGGACUCCAGCUCUCCUGUUCUCAUUCGUGUUGGCAAUAAGGCGGAUCUUGGCACACACAUCGACUCCUCCGUGCAUACCAAGUUGCAGCUAGAUGUGGAGGUUUCCUGUGUCAACAAUACCGGGAUCGCUGAGUUGCGCAACCUCAUUGAGUUCGCUCUCGUCUCUGGCCUCGGGUGGUCGAAGAGGAAACUCCGCAUGAAACAGGGAAGCCGAGCCCUCAGGUCCUUUGAUUUCAGCUGGCUUUACGCAAACGCAAUGGUGUUGCAGGUGUCAAGUUGUCCCGAAGACCCUGAGAAGCUCUUGUGCGAAGUACUCUUCAACGACACAAUCUGGUCCCUCUUCAAAUCCAAAUUCGUUGCUUCGUGUCGAAACAAUUUUACACAUUGCACCUAA